AUGGAACAGGACGCCGGCCCCGCUGUUGAUCGCAAUUUUACACUAGACAAAACCUUGACUGUACCUGCACAUAUAUCAUCUCUGGCCUUCGGACAUGCUGGACAUGUAUUUGCUGGCUGUGAUGAUGGAUCUCUUCGUGUCUAUGAUCUGUCCUCGUAUAAAGUAUUGAAGGCCGUUAGAGGGCUUGGAGGAGAAGUAUCGUCAAUAGUAUGUAUGAAGAGACCUGGUUCAGAACUUCGAGAUGCUUGGGUCGCACACGGGCAACAUAUCUCCAAGUUCAAGUUCGAUCCGGAUCCCAUGAUCCAAACUCUUGAAAGCGCCUUGGUUUCAGUUAAAGUUGGAGAAUCUGAUGCAGAUGUGUUGAACGAGGUGUGCGGCAGCGUAAAAUUCGUUCCAGGUCGGCCACGGGAGUUGAUCAGCGGUGGAUAUGACAAUAUCUUGCUACACUUUGACUUCGUGCAAGGCAAAGUCCUUUCUCGCCGACAGAUAGACACGUUUGCCCUUGAGGGUGAAAUUUCGCUUUCUCCGCCUUUUGUCAUGUCAAUGGCCAUGUCAGAUACUGGUGUCCUAGCGGCUGGAAUUGCCGAUGGUAGACUUUGGAUAGGAUUUGGAGGAGAGAAAGUAGUCCUUCCAGGUUCUAAAUCUUCCAAAAAAAAGGUCAAGAUGUGGGAAGGUCUUGAUGAAGAUCAAAUCCUUCUCAUCAAAGUCGCGGAAGGCCCUAUUGUGGCAAUGGCCUUUUCGGAACACCGAAAAUUGACAAUCUCUACCCUAAUGGGGGUCAUUACUCAGUACCGUCUCAUCUAUGACGAAGUGCUAGGCAGCGUUGUUCUCCAACAGCUGUGGCAAAAAGCAAGUCCCGGAAUCGAAAAAGUCAACGCCUUGAUCGCCGACGAAAAGCGUAUCAUAGUAGGUGGUUUCUCUGCCAAAGGUCGAGGCGUUAUUGAGGUUUGGAAAGAAACGCCCCAACCUGCGCAAGACCAGGAGGGCAAAAGUCUCGCACCAACCUCCACUUCAUAA